AUGAAGACCCAUUUUGCUCUUAAACCAAAGCCAUAGCAGUAAAAUUAAACUAGCCACAAACAUCUUCUAUUUUUCAUGUUUAUUGUAAAUUCACGGAUAAUAAAAUUUAUAAUUGUUAAAACUUCUGAUCAAUUCCAUUUAUUCCAUAAUAAAAUCGAAAAGCCUUAUAAAUUUCCUUAUAAAAUGGAUUAGAGGGUUUAAAAUUAUAGGAUUUUAAAGAGGCUUAGUUAUUGGUAAACUAUUGUAUAAUAAUAAAUAGCACAAUUUUUAUUAGGAGAAAAUUGAGAAUACCUUGA